CCUUCCUUCCCCACAAUUCUCCUUCUCUCAAACAUUAAUGGGCAGCUCCGAAGACAAAUCUUCCAUGGAUUUGGUUCAACCAAAUGACCAUCUUUGUUAUGUCAAAUGCAACUUUUGCAACACUCUUCUUGCGGUUGGGAUUCCAUGCAGACGUUUGUUGGAGACAGUGACAGUGAAAUGCGGUAAUUGUAGUAAUCUGUCGUUUUUGAGCACAAUACCACCUUUACAAGGCCAAUGCAUUGAUCAUCAUCCUCUCACUUUUCAGCCUCAGGUUGGCUUCUCUAAUGAUACUCGAAAGGGUGCAUCGAUAUCGUCUACUUCGUCGUCAUCUUCAAUGCCAAAUGAACCUCCCUCUCCAAGUUUUGUUGUCAAACCUCCAGAGAAGAAACACAGACUCCCAUCAGCUUACAAUUGUUUCAUGAAGGAGGAGAUCCAACGCAUCAAAGCUGCCAACCCAGAAAUCCCACAUCGAGAAGCAUUCAGUGCCGCAGCAAAAAACUGGGCAAGGUACAUUCCAAAUUCCGCAGCUGGGUCGGUUUCUGGGACUCCCAACGACGUUAGAAAAAGGGAAUGAUACGGUUUAGAGCACUGGAAGAAUCGGACAUAUCAAAUGGCUGUCUGGUCUAGGGUUUGAUGAUGUUAAGAUUCGCCUUGUCUGUGUCUCCAUGUCUUUAUUUAUUUAUUUUUCUCGCAUUUCAUGUUUUUCUUUAU